CGCCAAACUAUCUGCAGAUACAUUAAGUGUCAAGAGAUUUUACGAUGAUAUUGAAAAGUUCCAAAAAGAAAAGAGUCUUGUAGCUGGUACCUUGCUGGAUACGGAAACCGGAGAAUAUCGACCUGAUAUUGCUUUAAAAGAAUGCUUCAUAUUAUUUUCAGAAGCCAAUUUUAAGAAGAAAGUUGAUCUGAAACAAUUUCAUUGGGACUUAGCAUUAUCCGAUAUCAAGCGCGUGGCAAGCCGUCUCCGAGCAUUACAAAAGCUUCAAAAUAUCCGCCCUAAAGCUUGGUAUGAGAAAUACCAGGAAACCUACACUAUUGAGAAUCCGUCAAAUUACUUGUUGAGCAUGCCAAAAAAGAUUGCAGGUAUACUUUUACCACCUUAUGGUGCUUACCUCAUUUGGAAGAUGAAGAAUGUUAGGAAGGAAAUGGAGAAAACAAAGGCGAAGAAAAUGUUAGACGAGAAUGAAAAAACAGUAUUAAAACUAAAAACUUACGGAUUGAUAUUAUUGGAA